CGUAUGUGGCAAGUAAGCCCACACCAAUACUAGGUUUUAUUAGGCGCCUGUGGUGUAUAUGAAAGAAACCUAGUACUAAACGGAAGGACGACUUGUGUCUGAGAAUUUGUUCAGAGAGGAUGUCGGGGUACGAUGCGGCGAAGGCAGGUAAAAUAAUAUCGGUGUGGUGGGACAUGAAGGACUGUCCGAUUCCGGAGGGGUAUGAUGCUCGUCGGGUCCGUCCAAGUAUAGAGAGAGCGUUCAAGGACCGAGGCUACACGGGUCCUGUCUCCAUCACUGCAUAUGCCGACCAAACACAAACCCCUUGCCACGUCCUGCGAGGACUCUCUUCCACUGGAGUCGCUGUUGCACAUACCAGACCCGGAAGCACGUGCUCACACAUGUACCGGGAUAUGGUGGAAUGGCGAGGUCAAAAUCCACCUCCGGCUACAAUAAUGAUCAUAUCCGAUCAGGUGGAAGGUGACUUCUCCUGGGAUCUGGCCCGGCUACAACAGCGCGCUAGAUACGGCCUUUUUCUAGCUUACUCGAUGAAGCAAUGCAAUGAUUAUCUACUGCUCUGUUUUGCAAACUGUCGCUGGGAACAAUUACUAGAAGAAGAAGAAGGAGGCGCACCACUUGUUGCGGAUUUAGGAUUCUCACCCGCUCCCAUGUUUUAUUGCAAAUCGUGCAAUUUCGAUUGCCAAAGCCUGAACAUGUUCAGGAAGCAUCUCUCCAGUUAUAAGCAUGGACAGCAAGAGGCUAUAAAACCUCCGAACACAAAACUCUUAUCUGUAACGAAGUCUUGGGCAAGGAACUACCCGGCCACGCCUGAACACGCCACAGCUAAAAUACAUGUGUUGUGGGACAUGAAGGGCUGCCCCAUUCCUGAGGGGUACGAUGCUCGUAGGGUCCGUCCGAGUAUAGAAAUGGCGUUCAAGGAACUAGGCUACUCUGGUUCUGUCUCCAUCACUGCCUUUGCCGACCAAAAAAUCCCUGUUCACCACCUUCUAGCGCUCUCUUCCACUGGAGUCGAUUUUGCACAUACCGUUACCUGGGUCCAUUACAGUUGCAUGAUUUCAGAGUUUGUGCGAUGGAUAAAUGAUAAUCCUGCUCCGGCUUCAAUUAUGAUCAUAUCGGAUGAAGUGGCUUCAAGCAAGUCCCGUUCAAAACUUAUUGGCCGGAGACUGCAAGAGAGUAACUACAAGUGUUUUUUGGCUUAUUCAGUUAGGCCUUCUGAAACGCCACUCCUGGUCACUUCUGCGGAGUGGCUGUGGGAUAGCUUACUUGCAGUUUCAGAGACAAGAAGACACAUUCUUCAGAAGUGUAGUGAAAGUGAAAGGGUUGUUGCAUCUUCCGGAAUGUUUUCUUGCAAAUUGUGUUAUUGUGAUUGCAAAAGCCUCGAUGCUUUCAAUAAGCAUCUCUCAAGUGAAGAACAUACAAAGGAAGAACACAGAAUCAAUACGCAUUCUCAAUCUUUUCCUACCCGGCAUAGGCAAUUUAAAAUAUCCAAAUACCAUGAUGAGGUAGGAUAUCCUCCCAAGACCAAACGUAUGAAGAAAGCACCCCGAAAGGGUUUUCUCCCAAGAACAUUACGUUUUACUAGACGUUGAAAUUGUGUUUUACAAGAGUGAAGCUCCCUUCCUUUCUAGUCUAUAUUUCUUGUUUGUUCUCAACCACUGCUUGUUUAAAUUAAACUGAAUGGUGUUUUCUUAGUACGAUUAUGAUUCAUUGUGCAAUUUUAUCA